CGGUGGUGGUGCUCCGCUGCUGACCUUCAAUCUCCUCCCGAGUCACUGCCCGUUACCGACGACCCAGCUCCAUGGCGUCGCGGAAGUUCUUCGUGGGGGGCAAUUGGAAGAUGAAUGGAGACAAGAAAUGUUUGGGGGAGCUCAUCACUUCGAUCAACGGGGCCAAGGUGCCCGCCAACACUGAGGUGGUGUGUGGAGCCCCUUCUAUCUACCUAGACUUUGUUCGGCAGAAAUUGGAUGAAAAAAUUGGUGUAGCUGCUCAGAACUGCUACAAAGUGGCCAAGGGAGCAUUCACUGGGGAGAUCAGCCCUGCCAUGAUUAAGGACUGUGGGGUCACCUGGGUGAUCCUGGGACACUCUGAAAGGAGACAUGUCUUUGGGGAGUCAGAUGAGCUGAUUGGGCAGAAAGUAGCCCAUGCUCUGGCAGAAGGUUUAGGAGUGAUUGCCUGUAUUGGUGAGAAGCUGGAUGAAAGAGAAGCUGGAAUCACUGAGAAGGUUGUUUUUGAACAGACCAAGGCCAUUGCAGAUAACGUGAAGGACUGGAGCAAAGUCGUACUAGCCUAUGAGCCGGUCUGGGCUAUUGGGACUGGCAAGACAGCGACACCCCAGCAGGCCCAGGAGGUCCACGAGAAGCUUCGGUGCUGGCUUAAGACCAAUGUCUCGGAACCCGUAUCCCAGAGUACCAGGAUCAUUUAUGGAGGCUCUGUGACAGGGGCUAACUGUAAGGAUCUGGCAUCCCAGGGGGAUGUAGAUGGCUUCCUCGUGGGUGGAGCGUCCCUCAAGCCUGAAUUCCUGGACAUCAUUCAAGCCAAAAGCUCCUAGGCCUUGUGGCCCACUCCCUCCCUGCUGAGUGGGGACUGGGCAGAACCAGCCUGGCUCCCCCUCCCCCUCCCAUGUGAUUGUGAUGCUGCCCCCCACGGUCAGUCCAAGCUGCACCUUCCUCAGCCCAGGGCACCGUGUGCCCCGGCUCUCAGCUCCUUGGCUCUUCUUCUGUGGACCAGGCCUUUCUCCACUUACUGUAAAUUUGAAGGAAGCA